AUGGUCGCAGAAAACGAAAACUACGACGAGAUCGUGAGUAUACGUACGGUAUUAAUGAAUAAUAACAUCGGUGUUUUUUUAGAAACCGAUUAUAGAGCUCUGUAAUCUUACAGAGAUCCGGUUACCUAAUAUUAUAUUUUGACGAAACAUUUUUUUUUUCUUUUUCGAUUAGAAAUUUAAUUAAUGCCGAGAAAUUAUUAAAACAAUUACAAAGAAAAAAAAAAAGAAAAACUUGUACAUUCAUACUAGACCUUUUCGGAGAGUGUGUCACAAUACGGUUAUUUCCAUUCGGUUAUUGAGAGGAUUACAGGUUUCAGAGAUAUCCUAUUUAGGAUAUUUUAAUCGUUGGAAAUUUUGUCCACGAAUGCGAUUAAAAUAAUUCAAAAUAUUGUGUUGUGUACAAAACGCCAAGUGCGUAAUAGAUAACAUGUAGUUUUAAAAAUGAAAAGUAAAAGUUGUGAUUAUAGCAAUAAUCUAUUUUAAAUUCGGAGCGUGACGAGGAAUGUUUUGGUAUUUUUUUUUAACUUUUUAUUUUGUGUAUCUGCUCCAAAUAUAUCGAGUUUAGCACCUUUUCUGAAUUGAAAUUUUAUUUUAUUGGUGCGUUGGUUGGAGAAGGUCACUUUCUUAAUAACCCGGAAAAAGCGAGAAAAAAAAUUAACGGAAUAACAGAAAAUAUUUACGGCGCAGUAAGAUACGGUGUUAUCGAUUUCAUUGAUUCCAAUUUUGUUUUCGUUUGUUUUGUUUAUUGAUUCUAAUUAUGUUUUCUAUCAGAAAUAUUGCUUUAAUCAAAAAAUGCAAAAUGACACUUUUUGUUGAAUUUUGGAUUUAGUUGCUUAAGAAGGAAAUCUUUUUUAGAUUUUUCAAGUAGUUUUCAUAAUAAUUGAGAAAAACCGUAAAAAGACGAAAAAUGAACACUUGUAAAUUGAUGGCACUAGAAUUCCUUUAUUUUAAAUUUGUGAUUUAAAUUAAUUUAAUUUAAUAAAUAUUUGUAUUGUUUGUAUCAUUUGUGUUUGGUUUAUGUUUUUACCCAGAAAUAUUGCUCCAAUAGAAAAACAUCAAUAGACCCGUUUUGUUUCAUUUUUAAUCUAAUUCAUGAGUAAGAAUAUCGGUUUUUUGAUUUUUCCUGUAAUUUUUUUUAAUGAUCCGGUAAAAUCGAAAAAAAACGUAGACAGAACGGGGAAAUUUACGAAAAUAAUCGUUUUUCGUUCAGUAAUGGUUAUUAUCGCUUAAGGAUAUAAAUUAAAUAACUUUAUAUAUUCUACCUUUCCGACUUCCUACCUAUAACAGUGGCAAAUCCUUCCCCAAUAUCAGCACUUUUUUAAACAAUUUUUUAACAUAAUAUUCAACAUUUAUUGAAUUUCGAUAAAUUCUCAACAGCCGGUUUAUAAGCCCCCCGCCCCCUUAAUAAAGUACUUAUCAAAUAAAUAUUAAAUACGCAUUAUUUGGUUUGAUCGAUAUUAUGUGGAAUAAAGCCCCUUCCAAAAAAAUUAUACGUACAUUUUGGGUGUAUGCGCACAGACAUUUUUAAUAUUGCAAAUAACAUAUAUACUAUUUCACCUGUACGAUUUUUUUAAAUAUUCAAUUAUAGAUUUUCUUUCUCGAUGUACAUUUGUCUAGUUUAAUUACUCUAUUGAGUAUUUUAAUGCAUUUUAUGAACAAGUUUAGUUGUUAAUUUAAAAUUAAUAAUAAUUGAAAAUUCUAAAUAGAAACACGACGCAGACGAAAUCGAAGACCCAUACUGUCUAGAAUCGAGCCCACUAAAAUUGACGUUCGAAGACAUAACGUCGGCCGCUUACAAGAUAAAAGACGGCGUGAUCAAAACGGCAUGUACAGUAAGUAUUUAAUAAUCUUUUUUUUACUAUUAAUCUUAUUAUUUAAUAUUAAUUAAUAUUAUUCGUUUGUUUUUUUUCUUGUCGUGCAGAAAUCGCAUUUAUCGAAUAUUUUAAACAUGGAACUAUACUUGAAAAAAGAUUUCGUGCAAUUUACCGGCAGGUAAUGAUAUUAAACGUUUAUAUUUUGUACAUAAAAAAAAAAAAAAAUACUUACAGUUGGCGCCGCUUAUAUAAUUUACUUUGGGAUCAGCACAAAGUGAGUCUUAUAAUCGAAUGGACAUUAUAGGCGAAGCGGAGAAAUAACUUUAUUUUGUUAAUUUCAUUUCACAUAUCUUACUUUUACAUAUUACUUAUUAGAUAUUAGUUGAUAUUUUUAUUUAUAUGCUACAUAUUAUAUAUUAAAACAUUUGUUAAAAUAAUGGUGUGACGUUUAAACUUGAAUGACAACUGGUUGAACUACAACUAGACCAACCAUAUAAAUGACAAAAUUGCCAUUAACGGGGGCCAGUUAAUCUAGAUUAUACCUUUCCGUAUAAUAACGAUAAUUUCAAUAAAUGUGAAAUGCAAUAAAACGUGAAUUGAAACCACUAUACAAACACAAAUAACUUUUAAAAAAACCUGUUUAUUUCAAAAUUUCACCAAAAACAUACAUUUUCUAUACAUUUUUUGUUACGAAAUGUGUGUGUUAUAGUUUUUUUUAAAUAUAUUUGGAUAUGUCCGGGUCGUUUAAAGCGAUUGUAAGUUUUAUAAGUGGCGACUACUGUAUAUAUCAUAUAUAUAUUAAAUAUUUGAUGACUAAUAAAACUUCACAAAUCUUUGUCGUCAUCUCUUUUUUACAAUUUCUUCUACAGUGUGAUUCACUUAGCGUGCUCACCCCAUUUUUUGGUUUAGUUUUGCAUACAUUCAAAUUCUGAUUUUUAGAACUUGUAACUUUUGAGUGUAGUUAAAGCCGAUAUUUUCAAAUACUCAGAUUUUACACAAAAUUUAAGGAAUAUCCUGUGGAAAUACCAACAAUGGUUUUUCAAAUGAGAACAGAAGUAUUACUUUUUAUAUAUUUUGGUGUCAAAAUGUUUGAUUUCCGUCAACAUGUUAACGAGAUAUUUCAACUUUAAAUUUAAGUAGGGGGAGAAUAGUUGAGUACCAAUAAAAUUCCGUUCACCGAAACGUCACAUAAGUGAUACUCCACCACUCUCCCACAACCAAAACUUUAAAGUGAGAUAUCUCGUUAACGGGUUGACGGAAAUCAAAAAUGUUAACCUCAAAAAUGUAUAUAAAGUAAUACUUCUUCUAUUUUUGGAACUUGGAAUAAAGGUUCUUAUUUGAAAGAACAAUGUUGAUUUCGCUACAGGAUAUUUCUUAAAUGUUGUGAAAAAGUAUUCGAAAAAAUUGGUUUUAACAACACUUAAAAAUUCCAAAAAUAGGAAAUUAAAUUCACAUGAAAAAUGAAACCAAAAAAAUGCUUACUGAACCAUUCUGUAUAAAAUAAUAAAUUAAAUGUCUAUAGGUGUGUUAAAAUGAUAAUAUUAUUUUUUCUAAUCAUUCACGUUUUAUUAGUUUUAUUCAUACUAUUAUAUUUUACUCAUUGAUCUAUUAUACCUGAUGAUGAUUUUUACUAUACCAAAAGUUAAAUAUAACUUAAUCAAUAUUCAAUAUGGGUACUAAAAGUUAAGUUUUUCUUCAAUAUUUAAUGAGAACAAUAAUAAUAAUAAUAAUUAUUUUAAUGUACCUAUUUAAGUAAAUUCGUUAGGAAUUUGUGAGAAAUUCGUGGUUAUAGUUCGUUGUCUAUAGAAUUUGGAUCCGUUUUAAAAUAUAUAAACAAAUUUAAGCGAUUUAUUCCUCUAGUGCAAUCGUUUAACUCUAGAAUAUAUGAUAUGGGUUAAGGAAAAAUGGUGUGGUAAUUGUUUAAUAAAUUGCUUAGUGUAUACAAUUAGUACAUUAAUUAUAUAAUUAGGCUAGGUACCAUUUAAAAAUAAAAUAAUAUGUCAACUUUAGAAAUACGGUGUCUCUCGUAUCAUUUGACCUAAUACCAGUUGUGGAUCUGGGGAGGGGGCGAUAGAUGUCUAUUAGUCAAUAUUCGUUGUUAUAGAAUAUAAUUACAUUGGUAUAUAUUGGUAUAUAAAUAAAUAAUAAAAUAUGAAAUAUUUAUAUGCAUAACAUGUUGAGAUGGAAAAAGACGUUAAUGGAACCAUAAUCAGUAAUGUUCAAUACGAGGGGCUAUAGACAUUUUUCAAUUAAAACUAUCAAAAUGUGCCUUUUUUCUGUACUGAUUAGAGCAGUGGUUCCCAACUUAACAUUAGGCAUUUACCACUAUAGUCAAUUUUCCAUCACUGUGGACCACAUAGUUCUACUCCUCCGCCACUUAUUUCUUUAUAAUUAUUAUAUACAUACAUAAUAAAAUCAGCAAUAAAGUAAACUGACUUGAAAUGAGUUCACGGAUCACUUGAAGUAAAAACCAGGGAUCACCGGUGGUCCGCGGACCACCAAUUGGAGACCACUGGAUUAGAGUAAUACAUUUUUAACAAAGAUGUGAGGGAUUGAACUCUUUGACCCCCGUAGACUUGAAAUUUAUCACCUUAAUACUGGGAUAAAUUGGACACUGCCUAUUUUAUUGGAAUAAUUAAUAAUAGUAUUCAAUAUUAAGUAGCGUAAGCUAGCAUAGCAAAAAAAAAACCCCCGAGGAGCGAGCGUAGCCCAAUAAAUACUAUUUAAUAGCUUAAAUAUUUAUAUUAAUUAUAAAAAGUUCAGAUUAUAAAUUAUCAACAGAAAAUAAAUAUUAGUUAAAUAUUGUUCAAUAAAAAAAAUUGACUUAUAUAAAAUAAUUCAAAACUAAUAGCAUUUAUUUUCAGUCAACCGUGAAAAUAUGGCUGCCACUGGAUUAUAUUGUUAUAUCCGAUGGUGACAUAUUUAUUUUUGUACAUAAUAUGCACAAACUUUAAUUGUGCAUGGCGGAAUGACCAGGAGUUUCUAAUACAUUAUAAUAUGAAAUUAACCAGACAAUGGUUAAGGUUUAUGAUAUUUGUAUAAAAUUGAUAACGAGCAAGUUGUUAUAAAUUUAAAUUGAGAUAAACAAAUUAAAAUACAUAUUUUGUGUUUAAGUUCAGAAUUACUGUUAUUUUUAUAAAUAAAACUGAUAUACCUACAAAUACACGUUAUAAAACUUGGUACACACAUUUAAAAUUCUGAGGACACAUUAUUUUAGGUCCUGGCGUUUUUAUAAGUUUUGGCCACUAUAUGAAUUUGUUCAUGUCUUGUCAAUUUGUCGUUAUGUCCGUAUGUGUUAUGUGUCUUACGGUUGCAAACUUUGGAGUAUAGUUUCACUAAACGAUUAAUUAGGCUCUAAAAAAGGCUCCCAUUAAUUUUUAGUCCAAUCAGUGAAAAUUUGAGAUAGUGCUACUACGAUAUUCCGGUUUAAAUGGGGCUUUAUUUUAUGUUUUAUAUUUUUUCGGCAGUUUUAAAGAACGCGGUGCCUGUUACGCACUGAUGAUGUUAUCCAACGAACACAAAAAAAAUGGCGUGAUAUCCGCGUCUUUGGGAAACCACGCUCAAGCUUUGUGUUACCAUGGUAAACGGCUUAACAUACCGGUAACCGUGGUUAUGCCGACGGUAGCGCCAAUUAUAAAAAUCGAAGCGUGUCGAAAUUUCGGCGCCACCGUCAUCAUUCAGGGUAUUAACAUGAAGGAAUCCAAACACAUUGCGCUGAAUUUGUCCAAGGAGAGAAAUAUCAUCUACAUUAACGGGUUUGUAAUCAUCGGAAAUGUCCGAAAUUUAUAAUAUUCCAUUGGGGGCAUAUGUUUUCCCAUUAAGUGCCCUUCAAAAUAAAAAUCAGAAAAAUUGUCACAGAGAUAAAAAAAAAAAAAACAAAUAUAUUCAUUAUAUUAUAACACAUUGUAAAUAAUGGAGAACGUAUAAUAUUAGGAAAUUGAAAUGCUCGGUGCAAUAACAAGACAAGUUCAUUUUUCGAAAUUGUUUACCAGUGUAACAUGCCCCAAGUAGGAAAACGAUGAAUGUAUAGGUCAGUUAAAUAAAUACAUUCAACUCUGAAUAAUAAUCAGCAGAUAAUUGAUAUUUUGUACAAAAAAACACUAGUCAAAUUAAAUAUGUUUAGAAAAUGUUCUAAGACGAAUAAAUUUAAUAUUUAAAUAAUAUAGUGACGCGUAGGUACUCUUGGUGGUCUCGUCUGGUUUCGCGUAAAUUUGGACGGCGUAACAGGGCCGUAGCUGGAAUUAAAUCUAUGUACUGCUCGCUGACUAUCGCGCGCAGGAAUACUAUAAGCAUUAAUAUAAAAAAGACGGACAUAUUUCGCACGCAGUAGCGAUUGCUUCACGCAUAUUUACUUUACGCAGUGCAAAAAAAAUAAACAUAGGUUAUUGUAAUACAACUGAUAAUAUACAAUAUUACUUAAACAUUUUUUUUUCGUGAUUUUUUUUGUCGCACAACAUGUUAACUUUUUCGUUGUAGCUCGAAGAAUUGACAAUAUUAUGCCUGAUGCUAACUAUGUUUGAGUAUUUUCAAGCCAAUAACAAUUUGUUCAGGUCAAUGUAAUUGGUACCAUCUUGAUUUCGUCGAUAACAACCCGUGUCCUAAGAAAACCACACGACUACCCGGGUCGCAAUUUGAAUGCUAUUAGGACAAUAUUAUUAUGAUUAUUUAUAGAUAAGGUGAUAUUCGGAAUACAUAAUUUGUGGGGCUCGGUGCGGCAGCACCGCUUGCCACGCCAACCCCCUUAGGCCGACACUGUUUGCACGUGGGUACAGACACUGUUUUAGGUGGGAAGUUGGGAAGGUAUGAUGCAGAAGGGAAUUUAUUGUGAGUCUUUAAACAACCAUAAACUAUUGUUAACGAAAAAACGAUUCUGAGCGAAAUUCAGUUUAUUCAACAAUUAAUAUAAUAUAAUUAUUAUAAUAAUACCGAUUUGUGUUUGUGCACUAAAGUCCCCUCAGCUGCAACAUACUAUAUUAUAUUUUCGGGUCCGUCUAUUUUGGGUAUUUCGCAUCAGAACGCGUGAGACGUGUGAAACGUAAUACGAAAAAAAAUACCUGUGGGAUCUGCCUUCUUUUUGUACAGAAUUUAGUUGAACCAGAAAAGUCCUUAUCACUAUAUUUCUGUACCUAAGAGACAGACUUGCAUUAUUGAUGCACUAAAUCAUGUACCAUUUAUGUUACUCGAAACAAUCAAAAAUUAAUUUUAGAAUUGUCUUGUUGUUGCACUGAACCCUUCAUUCUCUUGGAAAUAUUGUUUUUUUUUUGUUUUAUUAUUAUAAUUUCAUUAUAGAAGUGUUAUUUUAAUAUCUUUAUGAUUAUAGAUACGUUAUUAUUAGGUCAAAUAAUAUGAACCUCAUUCGAUUGCUGUAUUCAGUAGUCAUAAUUUUUUAAUACAUACAAUUUUACAAACAACUCCUAUAAGCUGUCAUGAUAUUGACAAAUAUUAAUUUCAAACGGACACCAUUAAAUCUAAUUCUAAUAAAAAAUAAUCAAAUAAUAAACUCUCUCCUGUAUUCACUGUAGUUACGAUCAUCCGCACAUAAUGGCCGGCCAAGGUACGGUUGGACUUGAAAUAUUAGAAGACGUACCAGACGUUGAUGCGAUCGUCGUUCCUGUCGGCGGGGCAGGGUUAUUGGCUGGUGUGUCGUUGGCCGUAAAAACUCUGAAAAAAAACUGUAAAAUAAUCGUGAGUACACCGUAAUUUUCCACAUAAUAAUAUUUUAGUACUGGUGAAUAAUGAUUCACCAAUUACAACGCCAUCAGUAGAGAUAAUGUGGUCUAAGGAGCUAAGGCCCUCAAAAUCAAUCAAUAACUCCCUAAAAAGAAAAAUUUUUAUAUUUUUUAAAAGUCAGUUUUAAUAUAAUGUAAUUUAUUCAGUGGUUUAUUUGGGAAAAAAGUAGUUGAGGUACUCUAGAUACUUUUAAAAAAGUAGCGUCCCUUACAUUUUUUAAUAUCCCUCACAUUACCGAAAAUGUCUUUUACGUUAACUACGAAACUACUUGCGUCCUGUUUUACAAAUAUUAUUAACUAGAGGAAAUACAUUAUUUUAUAAUAUUAUGAUUAUACUAUUGUUUUAGUUAGUUCUACACGUAUACGCGGAGUAAUUAUUAAGCUCACGGUUUAAUAAAAAUAAUAACACAUAAUAUUAUUUUAAUUUCACGUGAAGAUACCUAAAACACACGUGUAUUAUAAAAAAUGCGAUAAUCUAAUUAGAAAAAUAAAAUUCAAUGCUCUUUUACGUCAAAAACUAAAUAAAUAAUAAUAAUAAUAAUAAUAAUAAUAAUAAUAAUACUAUCCACGAUACCACUAAUUGUAUAAUAUAGGCAAUUAUUAACAAUCCUUCGUGAAUAAAGACAAUAUUCGUCCGUUAUGCAAUGUUUCUCAGUCAUAUUAUACUGUGUAUCAAUUGUAUAAUAUUAUUGUUACGUACAAAUUAAUUCGGAUUGUAUCCAUAUGUUGUGUAAUGUUUUUGCGUGAUAUUAUUGUAAUAUCGUAUUACGUAUAAAUUGAAUAAUAGGUAUGAUAAUUUGUGUACACAAAUUAAUUUAAAUGGUGCUCGAUAAGAAUAAAAUCAUGAACAAAUAAAUAAUACGUAUGUACACUGACCUACUCGUACGUGGUCAAGAAUAAUAAUUGACUGUUGCGAAGAAUCGCUUUCAAAUUAUAUCGUACACUAAAUAAAACACUAGUUGGUAUUAAAAAGCUCUAAUAAAAGUCGCUUCUUUUAAAAAAAAUCGCCGAAAAUGUGAAUUGUUAAUUUUAGAUUUUGUAAGGUUUACCGUCCGAUGAAGCCGUCCAUAAUUUUACUAAACUUGGUUUUUUCUCAUAAAAUAAAUUGUCGGUUAGUUUUAAAUGUUCUGCUUUUUUCUCGCAUAGUACCAUACAAAACAUGCAAAUUUUUUUACCGGUAGUACACUUAGUACACUUAGUACUACCAGAUUUUUUCAACAAUUUGUUUAAUUGUUUUUCUUAAAAAAAUUAAAAACUGACAAUAAAUGACAAUAUGUCGUUCGGUUUAUUUUCGUUGAUAUCUGGAUUACCCGUAAUAAGUGGAAAAACCUCACAAAUAUUGGAGUUUUACAAGUUUACCUUGCUUCGUUCAGGACCGUUUUUUGACUUUUAUGAUUUACCCUUGCUUUCAGUAUGUACAACUAAACGAUCCUAUGUAUUUUAUUAUAUUACCUUCUGAAUUGCACAUCUACGACAAUUGUCUACUUGCGGUGUGAUGUAUUUCUGGCUUUUUUUUUAAAUAACAGGUAUUACAAUCUGCCUAAAGCCAUAGUCAUUUUGCGAUGAAUUAGUAAAAUAAUACAUGUCUAUCAUGUACAUAACAUAAAAAAUAUUCCCUUAUAUGUGUAUAAUAAUAUUGAGAGAAAUCAAGAAAAUAUUAAACUGUGUAUACACUAAUGAUAUGAUAUAAAUCCGGAUUUCGGAUUUCAAAACCUCAAAUUAUGAAAAGUGUCUAUUUGGUAAUUUAAAAAAAAUCGUAAUAUUUUACUAAUAUAAUAUUUAGUACAUUUUCCCAUUUUUUUUCGGAUUUUCACACAUGAUGAGAAAACUUCUAAAAAAAUGACCACCCUAAAGCACUCCCCCCAACAAAGUUUCCUUUCAAAAAAGGGUCUACGUCAUAUACAUUGGAGUAAGCUUCCUAGUAGAAAAACUAUUCACAUAACAAAAAAUAAUACAUUCAUCGCUACACUUUGAAUCUAAAAUAUGUAAAUAGAAAUAUUUCCUUUUUUAAUUAGUAUUAUUACAAACAAUAAUUAUCUAUUGGUGUCUCAUAUUUCGUACUAUAAUGUUGAUAUAUUUAAAUUUCGCAUUUCAAAAUUCGAAAAUCCAAAUUUCGGAAGUUGGAAUCUGGAUUUUCGAACUUCGGAAAAUCCGGAUUUUUCUCACCAUUAGUAUACACACAGUUCAUACCAAGGAAUAUAUUGGUCUCGUAUUUAUUACAGCAUCUAUAUAAAAGAGUCUGUAUUAUAGAUAUUUACUAGUAUUAUUACGAACCAUUUUAAAGUCAAACCGAACGGAACCAAACCUACACAUUUUUAUUCGAAUCCGAACCGCACUGAACUUUUAAACUAUUUUAUCGAACUCAAAUUCGAACAUUAUAAAGUAACUAGGUUAUCCUGUUGUUUGAUGGCCGAAGUUUUUUAUUUGUAUGAAAUUUAAAAAAUGAAUAAUAAUAUAUAUAUAUAUAUAUAAGACCCACUAAUACUGAAAAAAUAGAAUUUGUUUUUUUCGUAACAAGGCCGCUCUAUCCCAUCAAGGAACAUCGUAUUGGUGACCACGCUGAAUCGGCAUCGAAUGAUUUUCAAACCGAAUUAUCGGGUACUUGGUUAGGUUCCAUUAUUUGUAAUUUACAAUCCGAUUCGUGAACUGAACCAAACGCCCCGGUUCGGUUCGGUUCGAAAAUCGAACAUUUCGUAAUAACUACAGUACUAACAAAAGCCUAUAAAUACGCUAUAAGCGGAAUUCAAUCGGAAUUAUGUGUAAUGUAUUUAGUUUUACCGUCAUAUUUAUUGGUGCCACAGAAUAAUAUUUACUUGACAUAAUAAUAAUAAUAUAUGGUUUCAGGGCGUCGAAUCCGAUCGGGUCCCGAGCUUCUCGAAAGCCAUGGAACACGGGAAACCCGUGACCGUUGACAGUAAGUCAACUUUGGCUGACGGUCUGGCAGUGCCUAGAGUGGGGUACAACGCGUUUGCCACCGCUAUAAACUUGAUCGAUAAAAUGGUAAGCAAUUAUUAUAAUAUAUCUUAUAGUAUUAGCUAACAACAUCGACAAUUGUAUACAAAAUCGAAAUAAUUCUUUUGAAAACAGAUGUUAUUGCAUUGCAUCGUAUCUAUUAUACAGUGUGUCCCACCGUGUUCGACGGACUUCUCUUGUGCAGUUAAUAUUGAAUUGUUUUCCGUUUUUUUUUUUUUCAAUCGGUUCGUUUUCGAAGGGAACAUCAAUUUAGAGAAAAAUUAAAUUUUUAUUUUCAUCCCCUAAAUACACGCAUAAAAAAAAAUAACUUUAUUUAUUCAAUUAUAACAUUUUAAAAAUAGCCAUUUUAAUGUAUCUUACAUUCAUAUCUGAUUAAUAGUUUCUUAAUUAUAGCCGUUUUAAUUUCUAGAAAAUAGAAAAAAUGAAUAUUCAAUAUAAGGUAAAGAAUAACCGUGCUAAUUGCAAAUCAUUAUUACAUAGCCUCUUACUUUAUUGAAUAUUAACUGUUGAAUGUGUGGUACAAUAAAGAUUUUUUGAAUAUUUUUUUUUACAAAAUGGUUGUUUUGAAAAUUCUUUAAAGUGAAAAAAUAGUUGUUUUUUUUUUUUGUCUUUUGGAAGUAAAAAUAAAAAUUUAAUUUUUCUCCAAAUCAAUAUCCCGCUCAAAGUCUAACCGAUUAAAAAACAAUGUUAUAUUAACAGUGUAAGAAAAAUUUGUCAUUCACAGUGGGUCAACUGUAUAUUAUACAAACCUAUUGUGUAUUUUUUUUAUUGCAAUUUUUGGGCACUUUUAGAAAAUUCCUCUUGACCAAAUGAGCUCAAACAUAGGAAUUUAAGUUAUUUUUUAGGUAGAUUAAAGUUAUAACAUUGCUUGGAGUAUGUAAAUGUAAUUAUAUGUGUAUUGUACUACCCGUUUCGAAUUAAAAAUGCAUCAUCAGAUACAUCAUAAAAUCAAAAAGUAAAACGUGCCUGAAUAUGAAAAAAUAAAUUAAGGAAUACAUUAAAAAAAAUUUAAAAAGUAAAUUAUACAAAUUGGUCGUUUUACAUAGAAAAAAUUUAUUUUAAUAGGACAUUUAUUACUACAUAUAAAUACAUAAUUUAUAAAUUUAUUCACGAGUAUUAACCAUUUAAUAAUUUUGUUUUUACUUUAUUAUUUUAUCACAAAAUAUUAGAUGGUUUAAACUUUCUAAGGAAUUUAAUAUAGGCAAAAAAUGUUACGAUCUGUAACUGUAUAGGUGUUUACAUUAGAAAAGGAGCAAAGUUAGGUCUACUUUUAGUAGGUUAUUACUUUUACAAAUUUUGAGAUCCCAGACUUCAGUCUUUCUCCCAAAUCUCAAAUACUAUUUGUACCUGUGUCGAGAAGUACAGUAUGUGACUAUAUGGUUCAUUACUUUCCGAAAUUCUGUGAUCCGUGAGAUUACUUUCCGGGAUUAUACAUACGUCCAAACGAGCCACGUCGUAUAUGUAAGUACUCGUAUCUAACAUACUAGGUCAUAUAUUUAAAGAAGUGGAUACACCCAUUAUCUCGGAAAGUAUUAACUUUAAGUAACAUUUUUUUUUUUUGAAAAUUUAAGAAACAAGCAGUUAUAUAAAAUGUUACAUUACCAUUAUCCUUUAUUUGUGGGGUUUAAAGUUGUAAAUAACGAACUAUAUUAAAAAUUCCAUAAAUAAAUAGAAUUUUAGUUUAAAUAAAUAUUAGUGUUAAACUUUUUGAUCACUGUCAACCAUUUGACGAGAUAUCCUACUUUUAUGUUCGGGAUUGGGAGAGUAGUAAACCAUAAUAAAACACUACGCACUUUGCCAUCACACAAAUGCUGCUCUAUGGUCUCUAGGAAUGUACAAUGUUAAUAAAUACCAUUUUCCCUCUACAACAUGGUGAAGUUUAUAUUGAAAUUCAACCAAAAUUUUAUCACUUCAAUCCGUCUAUAAAAAAUUCUAAUUUGUGAAUUUGAGUUGUUUUAAAAGCCAUUAAGUAUCCAAAUGUAUUAGGGAAAAGAUACGUGUAUGUACACUGUACAAAAUGUCCCACGAAGAUAUACCAAUUGUAAUAUCUCCGGAAAUAAUAAAGAUAAUCAAAUUAUGUAACAUAUUACUCACUAGGAUAAGGACUACAAAUAUUUAUAAUGCAAUUAAUUUUUAUGUUUUAAUAAACAAAUUUUAAAAAUAAAAAAAUAAAAAGUUAUUUUUUUAUGUUUUUUUAUCGAAGAAUAAAAAAUAAAUUGCAUUAUAUAUAUUUGUAGUCUUUAUCACUGUGAGCAGUAUAAAAAAACAGGAUUUAAUUAUCUUUAUUAUCUCCAGAGAUAUUUCAAUAGGUAUAUAGAAGCACAUGUAUAUACAAAUACAACACAGAGUUAUGGAGACAAUAAUCUCUAACAAUAGCACUAAUAUUUAAUAUAUUCGAGAAUUCUCACAGCCCUUAGUAGGUUGCACCUAUCUUUCUACACCGAUGUUUCGUAUUAUGUAGGUUGUGGUCACAGAAGAAUGGAUAUCGAUGGCCAUCUUGAGGUUAGUCGAGGCCGAAAAAUGUGUAGUCGAAGGGGCUGGAGCCAUUGGUCUGGCGGCCGCGCUCUCAGGGGCGCUCGAUGAAUUUGUCGGUAAAAAGUGAGUAGCCUAAUAAUAUUAUAUUUUAUGCUAUAUUUUACAGGCGUACGGGUUUAGAGUAAUGUAACCUGUCUGACCGCAUGCUUUUAACUUCAAAUUAUUUUAAGUAUCGUCAAGUAUAUACUCAUUUAUUUAGUACAAGUAAAACCAAAACAGGUUGUUACAUUAAUUUUUUUUUUCUGAACUCUACUUCGGUUCACAGUUUUAACUUGUUAUUACGUUACAAUAUGUAACGUAUGUUACAUAUUGUGUAAUGUAUGUUUGGCGAUGUAGUUUUCGGUAAAUAAUUGUCUGCAUUUUUGCUACUUGUUUGCGAUAUCUUGAGAUAUCGCAUCGAUAUUAUUGUUGUUUGCGGAUUCUGCUAACGUGGUUAUUGUCAGAGUCCAUUCAGUUAUCAACAAUUUGCAGUAAAAAUUAUCACUAAAACAGUUUGUUCGAUAAACUAAUAAACACUAACCAGGUUGCUCAAAACCGCAUCGUCAAAAUACGCCUUAAAAGUCAUUUGUGAAUUUUACUUACCUAUAUAAUAUGUUUACAGAGUGGUCCUGUUGCUUUGUGGAGGCAAUAUAGAUACUUCAAUAUUGGGUAGAUGUUUGGACAGAGGAUUGGCCAUCGACGGCCGGCUAGUCAAGUUCCACGCAACCCUGAGUGACAGGCCUGGAGGAAUUGCGGAACUGUGUAGAGUAUUGGCUACGAUUAACGUUUGCGUCAAAGACAUAAUUCACGAAAGAGCCUGGCUCUCCGACGACGUUUUUAGCGUCCGGGUCAGUGAACACGUACACAUUAAUACUAUUUAUAGGAUUUUUGGUAUUUUGAAGUAUCAUUAACGUAUUUCACAUGUAUAAGUUUAGUCAAUUUACUAUUAGAUUCUGAGCGGACCGAGUAUAGUAUGUUUCAAAUGGUUUAAAUAAAAAGUCGACAUACUUUGUGCCAUGGGUUAGGCACUGUUGUAGAUGGUACGUUGGGCUGGUAUACGAUAUAUAGUUUAAUUUAUUAGUUUAAAAUAUUAAAAGUAACGAUGAAUCGUUGCAAUUCAAAACUAAUUCUGAGCGGAGCUCAGUUAACCAAUUACGGGUACAGAAUUAAUCGUAGUAUUGAUACUGUUUUUAUUUUUGUAAAUUUGAUUGAAAAAACGCUGGAUAAUCUUAAAAAAUGUUUCAUAUGAAGUAUUAUCAAGCCGAAAAAUGAUUUUAAAAUUACUUUUAAGGUACGAAAAAAACGGGAACAUUUUUACAAACCGAAAAAGCGUUUUCUAAGAAAAAUAAAAUCAUUUUAAUGAUAUUAAUGGCUUCUAUGAUAACACGCUCAGAAUUUAAAAAAAAAAAAACGACGUCAUAGAAUAAUGGAUGCAGCCACUGUUACAGAUAAUUUAAUGUAUAUCUGUAAGCAGCGAUAAACCAUUGCUAACGAAAAAACGAUUCUGAUCGCAGUUCAGUUGAUAGUGAUGCUUUAUCAACAGUAUAUAUGUCUUUUUUUUGAAAAAAAUAAUUAAAUAGGCAUAAUAUAUUUUCUUUAAUAAUAUUUGUUUAAUAUUGUACCGAUUUUUCCGUAUUUCCUGCGUUUUUCUCGGUGAUCCAAUGUUUUUUCACGGUUUUUUUACAUACGCUGGGAAAAUCUUGAGAAAAUAAAAAAAAGCUUCUUUAAAUUACCUCCCAAGUCAGAUUUUCUCUUAGAAACAGUACUAUCAUUAAAAAUCGGAGUGAAAUUGCUAGUAGAAAAGUCGUACACAGGAAAAAAAAAACGUACUAUUUAUUAAUUUAUUUUACUAGUAAUUGUAUUACUAAUGUAUUUUGUACAUUUUCUCGUUUAUUUUACGUUUUUUACGAUUUUUCCUAUAUAUUUGGAAAAUCAAACAAUUUACCAUGGAGAUAAAAUUUCCAUUAAGAAAAUAAGCUACACUUAAUACAUCGGAGCAAAUUUUUCGGUGGAAAAGUUUGUACUACAAAUCGAGGGGUAUUUUGCGAUUAAAAUAGUCCGAGCGAUCAAUGGGUUUCUAGGUACAAUUAAAAAUUUGUUUCCCUGUUUAGGUAGAAAGGGAAAAAAAUGCAAAAAAUUGAAAAAUUCGAUUUGUUCCACAUGAUUUUUACUCAACGUUUUCAUAAAAAUUUGAUAUUAAAAUUACUUUAUAAAAAAAAAUACUAUAAAUACUACAUUAAAAUCAAUUUUUUUUUUCGACCACAAAGUAAGAUUCUUAAUAAACGCCCUGUUAAAUUUUUAAGCAUUUCUGUUGAGCCUAACAAUUUACCACAGAAUACCUACCGAAUAAAAAUUACGUACAAAACUUGCAAAAUUAAAAUGUUUAUAAAUAGCUCAAAAAUAGCUUCAUUUUUUUGAAAAUUUUAUCAUGUCUAGAAAAGGCAAAUAUAAGUUUUUGUCCAAAUUUUAAGUCUUUACGAAUAUUUUUAACUGAAUUGCAACAAAUAACAAAAUUGAAAAAUAAUACAAACAUUAUUUUCGUACAUUUCCCGUUUUUUUUACGUUUUAUCAUGGUUUUUCCCAGAUAUUAUGAAAAAUCACCUGGAAAAUCAAAAAAUGACCACCCAAUAGUACCAUGUGGAAAACAUUUACUGUCAGAAAUGGUGUCGUGAGUAAUAUCUGAGUAAAAUUUCUGGUAGAAUUAUUGUACUCAGUAUAAAAAAAAAAAUCUUAAUACGUUCUUCGUUACACUCAGAAUCUAAAAUAAUUUCCGCAUUAUUAUAAGAGGGUGUUGUACGUUAUAAAAUAACGUAUACCUAACCUAUACCUUAUUAAUUUUUAAUUUUUUUUGUUAAUUUUACAUUAAAGGUUAAAGUCGUCUGCGAAACAAGAGACAUGAAUCACGCCCAACUGCUCCAAUCACUCAUCAAGAAGAAUUACAGUUCAUCGGUGUUCGGUGAUAUACCGUUACCGAAGAUACUUUAAUUGCCGACUUGAUCAUUUUUGUUAUUUUUUUAUUAAUAUAUAGGUCUUUUUAUUAUUAUUUUUAAUCAUUACUCGUUAGUCGUAAUGUUAUUGUAAUAUAAUAUUUACUCGGAUAAUAUACGGCUAAACUCAUUCGUCUAAUAUAAAUAAAUAAAUACUCAUAAAUAAAAACAUAUAAUAAUAAAAACAUUUUCUACUAUCGAAGUUGACAUUAAAUAUUUAUUAUUAUUUUUUCAAACAUUUAAAAUUGAAAUUAAUUAACACACAUAAUAUAAUUUGAUUAAAUAUUCUAAUUUCUAAAUGAAUAUAACAUUAUUAUUAUAAUUUUUAAAUGAAUAUAAUAUUAAUCGAUUAACGAUUAUAAGUUAUAACGUAAAGAAUCGUAUACAUAUACAUAUAUAAAUGAUUAACAAUAAUAAUAAUGGUAUAAUUUUUUUUCUGGUUAUAAAUUGACUAAUUUAUCAUGCUAAACUCAAAGAUAACAGCAACAUAUAAUAUUAAAUAUUUAAACAUAUAGCUAUAAUAUUAACUCUUCACAAUAAAUCUAAAAAAGUAUUAUAGUACCUAAACACUGGACUGAUAUAAUAUAACUAUCAACGAUAAUAUUAAAAUUUAAACAUUUCAUACUAAAUAUUAACUUUUUUUUUUUUUUUCAAUAAUCAUAAAAAAUUUCAAUAACACAUCAAUAAAUAUACUUCAUCAUACAUUAACAAAUAUAUUAUAAAUUUUGAAUAACAAAUCAAUACGUAACCAACACAUUUAUCAUAUGCACUUUCCUGGUCCGCCCUUAUACAAUAAACAGUCUUUCUGUUUCACGAGUCAAAGAUCAAUUUCCGUAACUCUAAAUUGACUAAUACACUAUCUGUAUAAUAUCAUGAAUAACAACAAUAAUAAUAUAACACAAAUAAAACAAUUAACAUUAAGAUUAUAAUACCAUACGAGUAUAGAACUCGGUAAGUUAUUCAAAUUUAUAUUAAAUUAUUGAUUUGUUCUAUGCAAUUCUCUUUCUCCCUUUCUCUCUCUCUCUAUCUCUCUCUAUGCAUAUAUACAUAUAUAUUUAUAUAGUAAUUAAAGGUAAGCUUAAUAUAACAUAAUAAAUCGUAGACAGGGUAUUUCGAUAAAGACGCUCGACCUUUAAUCGGUGAUGGCGGCUGUGUUGCUGGUACGCACAGCACGCGGCCCGUCGCGACAACGGCUGCAGCUUUUGCCGCGCCCCACUCACACGGCCGCCGCUGGCGGGCAAAUCAACCGGUCCGCUUUAGGACAAACGCGGAAACGUUCGCGCGGCAGCGACCUGACCGAGGGGACGUGCGAGUCGACAAGCUCGACCCGCGUCAACCGGGUACCGGGUCCCGGCCGAAUACGUCGCGGCAACCCGGCACCGAACCAGCCGCCGACGGGCGACGGCCGGCAGAAGUCAACCGACCGACCGUCCAACAAGGAGGGCAUACCGAAUAUACCGUUCUCACGGCUGCCGCGCUCGCCCGCCGUGCCCCCGUCCCGCCCCCGGCGCGUUUCCUCAAGAGGUCGCCUCGAUCCCUGUGUUACAUGGAUUUUCAUGCCGGUGUGUCAUACAAGUAA